AUGGCCGUGCGCUCCCGCCGCCCGUGGAUGAGCGUGGCACUGGGGCUGGUUCUGGGCUUCACCGCCGCGUCCUGGCUCAUCGCCCCCAGAGUGGCCGAGCUGAGCGAGAGGAAGAGACGCGGCUCCAGCCUCUGCUCCUACUACGGCCGCUCGGCCGCUGGCCCCGGCGCUGGCGCGCAGCGGCCGCUCCCCCAACCUCAGCCCCGGCCGCGGCUGGAGCAGUCGCCGCCCCCCGCGCGCCAGGAGCUUCAGGGGCCGCCGCUGCCACAGGCAGCGCCUGGAGCAACCAGUUUUCGGAGCAGCCCCUGGCAACAGCCACCUCCGCUGCAGCAGCGGCGGCGAGGACGCGAGCCCGAAGGCGCAACGGGGCUGCCAGGCGCCCCCGGGGCCGAAGGGGAACCCGAGGAGGAGGACGGGGGCGCGGCUGGGCAGCGGAGAAGCGGCCGGCCGGGGAGUAGCCACAACGGCAGCGGGGACGGGGGCGCUGCCGCCCCGAGCUCCCGACCCCGGGAUUUCCUGUAUGUGGGAGUGAUGACCGCGCAGAAGUACCUGGGCAGCCGCGCGCUAGCGGCGCAGCGGACCUGGGCGCGCUUCAUCCCCGGCCGCGUGGAGUUUUUUUCCAGUGAGCAGCCCCCCAACGCCGGAAUGAGCCAGCCCCCGCCACCCCUGCCUGUCAUCGCGCUACCGGGGGUGGACGACUCCUACCCUCCCCAGAAAAAGUCCUUCAUGAUGAUCAAGUACAUGCACGACCACUACCUGGACAAGUAUGAGUGGUUUAUGCGCGCCGACGACGAUGUCUACAUCAAAGGUGAUAAGUUAGAAGAGUUUCUUCGAUCACUCAAUAGCAGCAAGCCUCUCUACCUGGGCCAGACUGGCCUGGGGAACAUUGAAGAACUUGGAAAAUUGGGGCUGGAGCCUGGAGAGAACUUCUGUAUGGGAGGACCUGGCAUGAUCUUCAGUCGAGAGGUUCUCAGGAGGAUGGUGCCACAUAUUGGUGAAUGCCUCAGAGAAAUGUACACGACUCAUGAGGACGUGGAAGUAGGACGAUGUGUUCGACGCUUUGGUGGAACUCAGUGCGUCUGGUCUUAUGAGAUGCAACAACUGUUCCAUGAAAAUUACGAACAUAAUCGGAAGGGUUAUAUCCAGGACCUUCACAACAGCAAAAUCCAUGCAGCCAUAACACUGCAUCCCAACAAAAGGCCUGCCUACCAAUACAGGCUUCACAAUUACAUGCUCAGCCGCAAAAUUUCUGAACUUCGCUACCGCACCAUCCAGCUCCACCGGGAGAGUGCUCUGAUGAGCAAGCUCAGUAACAGUGAAGUGAGUAAAGAGGACCAGCAGCUGGGAGUGAUGCCUUCUUUCAACCACUUCCAGCCUCGGGAGAGAGAUGAAGUGAUAGAAUGGGAGUUCCUGACAGGGAAGCUCCUUUACUCAGCAUCUGAGAACCAGCCUCCUCGACAGAGCAUCAACAGCAUCCUAAGAACAGCACUGGAUGACACAGUCCUACAGGUGAUGGAGAUGAUCAAUGAAAAUGCCAAGAGUAGGGGACGGCUCAUUGACUUCAAGGAAAUUCAGUAUGGCUACCGCAGGGUUGAUCCCAUGCAUGGGGUGGAGUACAUUUUGGAUUUACUCCUCUUAUAUAAAAGACACAAAGGGAGGAAACUGACUGUGCCAGUGAGACGUCAUGCCUAUCUUCAGCAGUUGUUCAGCAAGCCUUUCUUUAGAGAAACUGAAGAGCUAGAUGUCAACAGGCUUGUUGAGAGCAUUAACAGUGACACUCAGUCGUUCUCCUUUAUAUCUAAUUCUUUAAAGAUACUAUCUUCUUUUCAAGGUGCCAAAGACAUGGGAGGGCACAAUGAAAAGAAAAUACACAUUCUUGUUCCUCUCAUUGGAAGGUAUGACAUUUUCUUGCGAUUCAUGGACAACUUUGAAAAAACUUGUCUUAUUCCAAAGCAGAAUGUAAAGCUGGUCAUCACCCUUUUCAGUAGGGAUUCUGGCCAAGAUUCCAACAAGCAUAUUGAGCUGAUCAAGGAAUAUCAGAAUAAGUACCCUAAAGCAGAAAUGACCCUGAUCCCAAUGAAGGGAGAGUUUUCCAGAGGUCUUGGUCUUGAAACGGCUUCUUCCCAGUUUGACAAUGAUACUUUGCUGCUAUUUUGUGAUGUUGACUUGAUCUUCAGAGGAGACUUUCUCCAACGAUGUAGAGACAAUACAAUUCAGGGACAACAGGUGUACUACCCCAUCAUCUUUAGCCAGUAUGACCCAAAGGUAACCAAUGGGGGAAAUCCUCCCACUGAUGAUGACUUUGUCUUCUCAAAGAAGACUGGAUUUUGGAGAGACUACGGCUAUGGAAUUACCUGUAUUUAUAAAAGUGAUCUGCUGGGUGCGGGUGGAUUUGAUACCUCAAUACAAGGCUGGGGACUGGAAGAUGUAGAUCUCUACAAUAAAGUCAUUCUAUCUGGCUUAAGGCCCUUCAGAAGCCAAGAAGUAGGAGUGGUGCAUAUUUUCCAUCCAGUCCAUUGUGACCCUAACUUGGACCCUAAGCAGUAUAAGAUGUGUUUAGGAUCCAAGGCAAGUACUUUUGCCUCAACCAUGCAACUGGCUGAACUCUGGUUGGAAAAACAUUUGGGUGUCAGGUAUAAUCGAACUCUCUCCUGA